UUAAUGUGCCAUCGUGGACAGGUUUCUGAGAGAGUAGGAGGAAAAGGAGUCAUCGACAGGUUUUAUGACAGAAACUGGCCUCGGUGUGAGAGGAACACACCCUGAUCAUAAAAACUGAGCUGAUAAGAGGGUCUAAAGGACGCGAGCCGGACUCGAGCUGAGCUAGUCGUACAGAACGAGCAGCUGCUGGAGCUUCACUGGACCAAACCCUGUCCAAUCUGAACAAUCCCAUCAUGAAGAGAUCGACUCUGUGUGUCCUGCUGGUGCUUCUGGGCUUCGGAGGUCUUUCUGCUUCAACAGAGAGCCCCCGGUGCACAGAUCCCAAAGAUGGAGGACAAGGAAAUGAAAAGCUGUUGAAGUAUUUCUAUGAUCCUCAGAGAAAGCUCUGUGUCCCGUUCUUCUUUAAAGGUCAAGGUGGCAACAGCAACCGCUUCGACAGCGAUGAAGAGUGUGUGAAAGCAUGCUCGCCCAAAGCUCACGAGAUCUACCCGGAUGACGAUAAGGUCUGCUCUCUGCCAAAGGACGAAGGUGAAUGCAUGGCUCAGAUUCCGAAGUAUUACUACGACAAUAAAGAGAAGAUGUGCCUUACGUUCUUGUACAGAGGCUGCAGUGGAAACGGCAACCGUUUUGUUUCUCGAGAGGAUUGUCAGGCUAUGUGUGGUGCACGAUCCGGACGGCUGCUGGGAGACCUGCCAAACCCUGAUGAGAAGACUGUUAAUGCAGGGCUGAUUGUGGGAGUUUUGGGUGGGAUUGUGUUCGCUGGUGCUGUCAUAUCUGCGAUUGUAGUGUUUGUUCUCCAGAAGAAAAGCAAGAAAGCAGAACGAAAGCCAGUGCCGACGUCUGAUAUCGAAAUGAAAUAGAUAUUUCUUCACAACAUUUGUUUGUACAUACCUUACUAGUGCUUUUGUACAUCAUGUUUGAACAGUUCUAGAGCAAUUGGGUUAAAUGAUAAAUAUUGAUGUCUAUGAUAAACUAGAAAUGU